AUGGGGUUUGGUACACAGUUACAAGGGCGUAUAUCUCACAGGGCCCUAAUUGAAGUACAGGAUAUAGAAAUUAAAGUAUUAGAGAAUAUCAAGAGAUGUAUGGCUCUAAGAGUAGAAAGUGAUCGUCAGUAUGCUACGUCAUUAGCUAAAGUCAUUGCACAAGCUCAAAAAGUUGAUUCUUCUGAGUUCAGUGACACCUUAACUUUUCUGAAAGUAUGGGAUAAUAUAGUCAGUGAAUCAGAUGUAUUUUUAAAACAAGUAAGAGAGAAUGCUGAUACAUUGGCAGGUAGAACACUCGAUACAAUGACUACUAUUAUUAAUGAGAAGAAAAAUAUGAGAAGAUUUUAUGUUGAAGAGAGAAAUAGAUUAGAAACUGAUUUUAGUAGAGUAAGUUAA